AUGUCCCAGCCACACACACCACGGAAGCGGACCCGUCGUGAAAAGGAAAGAUCGGACAAUAUCGCGUCUGACACGCACAUCCCCUCCUGGGGCCGAGUCGAGAUCGCAAGACCCCGCUCCGGUGCCGUGCGUAACACGGACCUACGCUUCCGCAUCAGUCAAAUCAAAGGAGUCCCCGACAUCGUUGGCCCUGUUAUCACCCUCCUACUUGCGGUUGAGGCCUUAUUCCAAAACGUGGGCGGCUCUACCGAGCUCGCGCGGAUCUCAUCCCUGGAUCACGCAGGCCUCAUCGACUUCCGCGCCCGCUUCGUCGAGGGCGACCCCCGUGUUGUGCGCGCUAUGCGGGAGGGCCCCGGUGUGUCGCUCAACCUCAUCCGCGACGCCAUCACGUUCGCCGAAGGCCUGCUGCUUAUUGACCGUUGCAUUGAAACUAUAAAGGAUGAUACGCUGAAGCUGGAGUUACGUAUCUAUGACGGUGCAGUAUGA